AACUUCAGCCUCGUCGCAAACGCGCUAGCUCGCUUUACUUCCACGUGGAACCUGUCAUUUGACCCAAAAAUCUCCAUGGCAACAAGAACGCAGCCCAUACUGCGCAGUGCAGACCGGGAAGCGUGGCGUUGAGCUCCGCGACAAUCCUGCAGUCAUGAGUCCAUUAUGACCGGUUGCGUCCAACGCCCGUGAACGUCUACACUGCGAACACUAAAGGUAUGCUCGUUUUCUCCACCAGGACAUCCCGGUUAGAGCACAUCUGCGACAACGUCAAGGUGCACAGAUGGAUUUCCAUCCUGUCCGGCUGCUGCAAUGGGUCCUGUCUGUCUUCCUGCUCUUGAGCCCAGGCAGCUCAGCUCCAGGGCAAAUUGUGGAACCGGUGGAGAGUCAGCUCCCUCCUGGAACUUUACUUAAUCCUUUUGGCUCCAGAGAGGAGGAACACAGAUUGUUGCAGAGUUACAUUCAGCCUAUUCUGAAAAACCACCAAGGAGGACCAGAGAUCACUUCCUGGGAACAAGAGGUUUUCUUCCUGUUCCGUCUGUAUGACUUUGAUCGCAGUGGGUUCUUGGAUGGUUUGGAGAUGAUGAAGCUGCUCUCUGACUACAGCAAACAUCAUUCAGGUCAAGCGGAUGCCAGCGAGCUGAUAGUGUCUACGGUGGAUUUCUUACUCCAGACUCAGGAUUUGAACCAUGAUGGGCUGCUGGACCCCUCUGAGUUGCUGUCUCCACUCACUCACACACAGGGCUCACAGAUCAACCAGAUACCUCAAACGAAGCAGGAGGUGGUUGUGGAGAACAGGCAAUCAGCCAUCAUCACAGAGGAGCAAAAUGCAGGAGCAGUGGACAACAAACAGCAAGAGGAUCCUCGGGAAGACUUUCACCCUCAAGAGGAGGAAAUACAAAAUCAGGAAACACAGGCGGACAAAGACAUACAACAAAUAGAUAAAUAUAAUCAACAACAAAUUGAGGACGCCCCUGUAGAAGAACAGGAAGGAGUCCCUGUACACCAGGGACAACCAGAAAUAUGAAACUCUAUGAAAAUGUUCUUCUUGGGAAGAUUUCCUCCUCCCUUAUCCCAAAAAAAGGGCUUUAUUGGUUCUGAGGACUCACUGUCCACUCUAAGCUGUCAAACGUGUGCCAGACAAUGAAAAGUCAUCUUUUGCUUUCCAUGCAUGAUGUUGUUCCUAUAACUUUUAAUUUCUAAAAGUUAAAACACCCCACAGGAGCAUUGAAAUCUAUCAUUAUCAUUAUUGCACAUUUUCUGGUAAGAUUUGAUGCUUUAUUUAUUCAUCAUUUGUCUCACUAGUAAAUCUCUGGUCAUACUUUUCAUACACGGUGUUUUCACUGUGCAGUACACAACAGUAGUUUCCUAAUCAUUACUACAUUUUGAUGAUAACUUGUCUCGGUAAUAUCCAGCAUAAAUGCAGCCAGAAUGCACUGUAGUCUCUGCAUGCCUUCAAGCAUCUGUAAGGAAUCUACUCAGGUGAUAUUUAUACUGAUGUGCUUUUCCUGAUUCAAUGUGUGGCACAAAAAUUCAUGUUUCCCUUGAUAAAAUGAUAAUAGACUUCAAAGAAUAAAUAAAAAAAUGAAAUCAGAUUGCCCCAA